AUGAGCGCAACACGUGCUCUUACCAGAACGCUGUCAACUGAUUCGAGUGCUAGCUGCGGUACUCGCAUCACGCCGCAUAUUGCUGAUGUGGUGUUCGAUCUGUACCGUAACCCUGACACUGAUACACUCUCACUUUACAGGUUACUCAAGGUGUGUCAUAAUAGUUUGAAAUCUAUGAGGAUAUUUUGA